UCAAAAUUCCCCAUAGGUGUUCGAUUGGGUUCAGAUCAGGAGACAUACUUGGCCACUGAAUCACUUUCAUCCUGUUCUUCUUCGUCAGAAAUGCAACAGUGGCCUUCGAUGUGUGUUUUGGAUUAUUGUCAUGUUGGGAAAGUUCAUGACAACCAAGGGCACGGAGUGAUGGUAGCAUCUUUUCUUUCAAUAUCAGCACUCAUGCAGCCCCACAGAAGGACACUGCCACCAUCAUGUUUCACUGUAGGGGCCAUGCAUUUUUCUUUACACUACACACCAUUGCGACGCCAUACAGUUUUGAGGCCAUCAGUUCCAACAACAUUUUUGGUCCCAUCACUCGAGUAUAGAAGUCCCAGUAGUCUUCUUCUUUUUCAGCAUGGGCCCUGGCAAAUUUUAGGUGGUCUUUUUUGUGCAUGGGCUUUUGGAGAAGCUUCUUUCAUGGACAACACGCAUGCAUGUCAUUCCACUGCAGUAUACACCGUAUUGUGUCAUGGGAAACAAUCACCCCAGUUUGGCUUUCUAUUUCUUUAGCUACCUGCAGUGAACUUGCAUGUCGAUUUUCUUCAACCCCUCUCAUCA